AGCAACAAAACAAACCUGAGAGCGGAUUCCUUGCAUCCAGGACCAGCACAUUGCAACCUCACUGCAUCAUUCCCAUUUUCCCGGAUAGCCGUCCAUCCAGAGAGCGCAACGAAGUGUGUGUUGGCGAAUGCACCUGUCAGUGGAUGCCAAGGUCAGCCCGUGUCACAACAACAACAACAACAACAACAACAACAACAACAACAACAGGUCCUAAGGAAUCUUUCUCAAAGCAAAACAAAGCAGCUGUGAGCAUGGUUUCUGGGAUCCAGGGCAGCCUGUGCGUGUGUGUGGCGGUGCUCUGUCUUUACCCAUCGCAGGCUGAUCAGAGUUGCCUGGACAGGCAGCAGGUCCUGAUCGCCAUCCGGCAAAUGCAGCAAUUUCUAAAAGGACAGGAAAGUCGUUUUACUGAUGGAAUCCGCAUCAUGAAAGCCAGGCUCUCUGCCUUACAGAAAUCAAUUACCAAACCACCUGCAGAUCAGGUCACAGCCACAUCAUGCCCUCCGCUGGAGGCCCCAAAACAUGGCAAAAUGUUUGGCUCCAAGUACAGCGUGGAUCAUGAAGUGCAUUUUUUCUGUCAACCUGAUUUUCAGCUUGUUGGCUCCAAUAGUAGAUUGUGUCAGAGCAAUGGACAGUGGACAGGACAACCAACUGAGUGUAAAGAAAUUAGCAAAUGUGCGAGCAACCCCUGCCAGAACGGAGGGACCUGUGUGGACACCGGAAACCAGUACAGAUGUUCUUGUCCAAUUGACUGGAUGGGGAACAGCUGCCAGCACCCGGUGCAGACAGCUGCAGAUUGGAGCACACUGAGCGACUCAUCCUUUAGCCGGAAAGCCCGCUGUGCCAAGAUUGAGAGGACCCAGCAUUGCAGUUGUGACGCGGGCUUCCACAUGAGUGGGAGCAGCGAGAACAGCAUGUGUAAAGAUGUGAAUGAGUGUGAGGUUUACCAGUUGGACGGGGUUCCAAGCCUCUGUGUACACACCUGUAUCAACAUCCCCGGCUCCUACCGCUGCAGCUGUCCUCCUGCCUACAAGCUCCUGAGUGAUGGCCGGAGCUGUGAGGAUAUAGACGAGUGUGCUACAUCACAGCACAACUGCACGAGAGGAAACACUUGUAUCAAUACAGGAGGAGCUUUUCAAUGUGUCAAUCCUGAGUGUCCAAAGUCACAUGGGAAUGUCAGCUAUGUUAAAACAUCACCAUUCCAAUGUGAACGGAAUCCUUGCCCUAUGAACAGCAGAUCCUGCCAUCACGCCCCCAAGACCAUCUCUUUCCACUACCUGUCUCUACCCUCAAACCUGAACACUCCAGUCACCCUGUUCCGCAUGGCCACAGCCGCUGCCCCAGGAAGGCCUGGACCUGACAGCUUACGGUUUGGGAUUGUGGGAGGGAACAGCAGAGGGCAGUUUGUUGUGCAGCGUUCAGACAGACACACUGGAGAGCUCAUUCUUGUUCAGCCCUUGAAAGGUCCUUGGGUGACAGAGGUGGAUGUGGACAUGUCAGAAUACCUUGAUCGCACUUUCCAGGCCAAGCAUGUGUCAAGGAUCACACUAUUUGUCUCAGCAAAUGAAUUCUGAGAAAAUCCUAUGGACUGCCGCUACCCAUUGGCACUUAUUGUGAGAGAGGAUUAAUUAAGUAGUGUUUUAGAAGGCAUUUCAUCAGAGUCCAGGUGCCAAAAGCUGAGCAACGACACUUGCUGUCAUGUUAAGACAUGUACAAGAACUGACUUUUGAAACUCUGGAGUUGAAAACAAUCUCACUGAGACUUAUUGGUACUGAGCACUGCCAAUGGGAUGCAUUGCUUGUAGUUACCUGAGGAGCAUGUUAAAUGUUGUGUUAUAAAAUCAUUCAGCUGCUUGGAUAGCUCACCAGUUUCUUACCAUCACGUAACUAGGCCCAUUGGAAUUUGCCCUCCCAAAUGUCAGAUACUAACUCUACAACAUCCCAGAAAUCUCCACAAAUCAAUUGGGACAGACACAAGCAACAACAACUUGCAUUUAUAUAGCGCCCUUCAUGCGGGGUAGUGUCCCCUAGCACUUCAGAAGCCUACAAGUGCCUCACCAGAAUACAGGUGAUGAAGAUCCCAUUGAUGUAAUGCACAAUGCAACCCCUGAAGGAGACUGACCAGAUGCAGAAUUCACCACUGCCCUUUGCAUGUCUAUCAACUUGUGCCUUUCUUUCAAACUUGGGACUGUCUAGUUUGAGUAAAUUAAUCUACUGUAACAACAUACUGAGCAUUACAAUGCUGUGUUUACUCCACAACCUGCAUUGAAGAGCUGACCUCCUGUCAUAUAUAGUGAGAAAUAUAACUAACUUAUUAACAAGCUGUGUUUUUCAUCUAGUUGCAAAAAUAUCUAUUACAUCACUAAAAUGCCUUGACUUCACUUAAUGCUAUAGCACGCAUGUGGUAUAUGUUUAACGAAAGUAGAUUUCUUACAACGAGUAAAAGCUAAAUGUUAUUAAAGUGAUUAUAGCUUUGCACAGACAGUCCUAAAAAGGUAACCUACAGAAAGCCUUCAAUUGUGUGUGCACCAUUUAGUUCUUUUAAAUAAAAUUAUUAACACUGGA